GGCGGUGAAGAGGAGGAGAAGAGCAGAUCCGGAUUUUCCAGCAGGGGGGAGAAUUUCUGGGUUCAAAUCUGGUUUUUAAACAAGAAAAGAAGGGAAAAUCUCAAGCUUUCUCACCGCUUUUUAGAGGCAUGGCUGGGUUCCCCUUUUUUUUUUUUCUCUCGGGUUGCAGCAGGGAUUUAUGAAACAAGCUACUAGAGGCUGGGGUGAUAUGGGAAACACAAGGAAUAGAAAUAAAUCCUGCCAAAGCCACAAAGAACAGUUGUGGGGUUACGCUUUGAACCCAACACAAGACGAGUUGGCAAAGAAUGGCAUGGAUUUAAAGACGAGUACAACAAAUUUUGAACUCUAUCAAAGACGGAUAAGCAUCCAAUGAAUGUAUGGAUCAUGAAGGAAUGAACAAGUGCAUGGAUGCCUUAUAAACUCUGCCACAAAACAAGGUCAACUAGAACCAAGAUCAUGUUUAACAAGCAAUCUAGAAUCAAGAGACAAAUUUUAG